UAUUAAGAUGAUGUUUUAGCAGCGGGUGGUGUUCUCACUCAUGGCUCUACUCCCUUCCCUCCGUUCGAUCAUCAAACCACCACCGCCACUACUCUCCUUAGCUUCACUUUUCUUCCACAAAUGCAAACUCUCAAUACCAACUGCCACUAACAUUUCCUCAUCUCUUAAACCCAAAGCCCCAAACCCCCCGAAACAUAACACCCUAGUAUUCAAACCAGACGAACGCUUCCUUGCUGCUAACGGUGGGACUCAGGAGAAGUUUGAGAGUUCCAGGACUAUUGCCGCAAUUGUCACUUCCAUGGGUGGCCCACCUGGCGCUGUGGGGAUUGUACGGCUGUCGGGGCCCAAGGCCGUCGAUGUCGUUGGCCGAGUGUUUAGACCCCUCAAGACAAGGAAGAGGAAGACUUCCUGGCGGCCCACUACUCAUGUUGUUGAGUACGGUGUCGUUUUAGAUGCUCAAGGGGAAGUUGUUGAUGAGGUUUUAGCUGUACCAAUGUUGGCUCCGAGAUCUUACACUCGAGAAGAUGUGGUUGAACUUCAGUGCCAUGGUAGUGACGUAUGCUUGCGUCGUGUGUUAAGGGCUUGUUUAGAAGCUGGAGCGAGCCUUGCUGAACCAGGUGAAUUCACUCUGCGUGCCUUUCUUAAUGGCCGCUUAGACUUAUCUCAAGCUGAAAAUGUUGAAAAAUUAGUUUCUGCAAAAUCUGUCGCUGCUGCAGAUGCAGCUUUGGCUGGAAUCCAGGGAGGCUUUUCUUCUUUGGUCAAAUCACUGAGAGCACAGUGCAUUGAGUUGCUUACUGAGAUUGAGGCUCGUUUAGAUUUUGAUGAUGAGAUGCCUCCACUAGAUUUGAAAGUGAUCAUGGAUAAAAUACAUGCCAUGUCACAGGAUGUAGAAAAUGCACUGGAGACUGCCAAUUAUGAUAAGCUUCUGCAAGCUGGAUUACAGAUAGCAAUCGUUGGCCGUCCAAAUGUUGGGAAGUCAAGCAUUCUUAAUGCCUGGAGCAAAACUGAGAGAGCAAUAGUUACAGAUAUUGCCGGAACAACUCGAGAUGUUGUUGAAGCCAGUGUAACAGUGUGUGGUGUACCUGUGACACUUCUUGAUACAGCAGGCAUCAGAGAAACUGAUGACGUUGUUGAGAAGAUUGGUGUAGAGAGAUCUGAAGCUGUAGCUCUGGGUGCCGAUGUCAUUAUCAUGACAGUGAGUGCGGUUGAUGGGUGGACUUCAGAAGACACCAGACUUCUUGAUAGAAUUCAAUCUAAUAAGAAAUCGAGUGGAUCUUCCACCCCAAUGAUUCUGGUGAUAAAUAAAAUAGACUGUGCUCUGUCAGCAUGUACGGAUUGGGUCAAUAGAAAUGGCAAUCCUUUUAGCAAGCAUGUUUCCACCUGUGCUGUUACUGGUGAAGGAAUACAAGAUUUGGAGACAGCAAUCUCAGAGAUUGUGGGUAUCAACCAGAUUCCAGCAGGUGGACGCAGAUGGACUGUGAACCAGAGACAAUGUGAGCAACUUGUGAGGACGAAGGAGGCUCUUGUAAGGUUAAAAUCAUCAAUAGAAGAGGAAAUGCCUCUGGAUUUUUGGACUAUUGAUUUGAGGGAUGCUGCAUUGGCCCUUGGGCAGAUCAGUGGGGAAGACAUCUCUGAGGAGAUAUUGUCCAACAUUUUUGGCAAGUUCUGCAUCGGUAAAUAGAUAACAUUUGAUCAUGUAAUAGGAUCAUUUAAAGCACAAGAUUUUGCUUAUAUUUUCCUAUUGCCCUUUAAAGUCGAUACAAUUACCAAUGAAUCUAUCAGGAUUAAAUUCAUUUGGGUAUUCCCAAGCGUCAGGGUCCCUUCCUGCCGUCCCAUGAAUUCACAAAACGGGUGUUUCAGGAG